AUGUCGUCUACGACAGAAACUAUAUCAUUAACAAACGAAAAGGAAAAUACUGAACAAGUGUCAAUUAAGAAAUUAUUUCGAAUUCGCAAGUAUCUUCUUAUACUUGUUAUCAUUCAAUGGAUUUUAUGCUUUAUUAAUCUUGUUAUGUUUAUUUAUUCUGUAAUAACAGAAAAUGAAGAUAAUAUUUCAAAUAGAAUCAAAUCAUCGAUACCUUUAUUUAUUUUAACAUUUUAUUAUACAUUUGGACUUUUAGUUAUUUAUAAAUAUUAUCGAAUUGGAAUUUUGAUUUUUGCAUCGGUUGGAGAUCUUCUAUUUAUAGUAACAUCUCUUUUUAUUGGUGGGUUCUUCUAUUUAAUGAUAAUGAUCAGUUUAGAGUACAAUAGUAUGAGUACUGUGUUUGAAUUAUUCUUAUUCUUUGGAGUUAUAUUUGGUAUUUUUGCUGGUAUUGUGAUUUUAACUCUUACAUUGGCUUUCAAUUUGGCACAAUUAAUUAAAAUAAAUGGAUAUACAAGUGUUUAA